UCCAUCCAAUGCUGUGAUUCGAAUCAAACCAAAAAGCAAAACAAAAAGAGCUUAUGUUUUUCAUUUUGUCAACUGAUUGAAUUUCAAUAAAAUAUUUGAUAUACACCAAAUGAGUCAGACAAAAUCACCAAGUAUAUUAUUUUCAUUAAAUUCCAAUACAAACAUAAGGUAUGAAGAAUUUGAUGAAUGUCAAGGAGAAGAGACCACAAAUGAUCCGAAUAAUGAAUCGAAAAAUCCAAUAACUGCACAUGAUUGGCAAUCCUAUAAUACUCAAGAUGUUUUUGAUGAUGGAACGCAAACAUUUUUCUGGAGAGCCCAUACAUUGACCGUAUUAUUUUUCAUGCUCACCGGUUUGGUUUAUGUGGCCCUUUUUGAAGAGCCAUCAUUGGAUACAAAUUAUAAUGUUAAACGUGGCUUAGUAGCUGUUAUUUUAGUUUUUAUAUUGUUUGGUAUAACACAAAUUCCAGAUGGGCCGUUUAUACGUCCACAUCCUGCUUUAUGGCGAUUGGUUUUAUGUUUAACAAUUAUCUAUGAGCUGUCACUUAUUUAUAUUUUAUUUCAAACACCAGACGAUGCUCGUAAAUUAUUAACACAUAUUGAUCCAUCGCUUGGAAAACCAUUAAUGGAAAAAGAUUAUGGUGGCAAUUGUAGAAUAUAUGAUCAUGAAAAACCAGAUGAUCCUUUUCAUAAUGUAAAAGAUAAGAUUGAUAUUUUUGUUCCGACACAUUUUUUCGGCUGGUGGCUUAAAACAUUGAUGAUAAGAGAUUGGUGGCUUUGUACAGUUAUUAGCAUAAUGUUUGAAAUAUUAGAAUAUACUUUAGAACAUCAGCUACCAAAUUUUAGUGAAUGUUGGUGGGAUCAUUGGAUUCUGGACGCAUUGAUUUGUAAUGGAUUUGGAAUCUAUUUAGGAGUGUUAUCGCUCAAAUAUUUAUAUAUGAAACCAUAUGAUUGGCGUGGUCUUUGGAAAAUUCCAACAUAUCGUGGAAAAUUGAAACGAAUUGUUGCUCAAUUUGGACCACACAGUUGGCUACAAUUUGAUUGGCGACCAUUUUCAAGUUUUGAUCGUUGGAUUGCUACAUUGUUAAUCAUCGUUUCGAUGUUGGUAGCCGAAUUGAAUACUUUUUAUUUAAAAUAUGUUCUAUGGUUGGAACCUCCACAUAUCUUAAAUCUUAUACGAUUAAUAUUGUUGGUAUUUUCCGGUGCUGUUGCAUUACGAGAAACGUUCCAAUAUCUAGAUGAUCCACAAUGUACAAAAUUUGGUCGUCAAUCAUGGGUGUUGAUUGCAAUCAUUAUAACCGAACUGUUGAUAAUAUUAAAAUUUGAUUUUGAAGUAAUUACGAAACCACUGCCUAAACAUAUUCGUUAUUCAUGGAUCGGGGCCAUAAUCAUUCUUGCUGUUUGGACAAUUUGGAGAUUUUUAUUAAAAAAUACUAUACAAUUUAUGUAUCAAAAUAGAAGACCCAGUGUUAUUUCAUCGAAUAAUGUUGUUAUUCGACGAAAAAAUUCAAGAAUCAAAAAAUUGCAAUAAAAAUGUUUUUAUUUUUUUGUUGUCAAAAGAAAAAUGAAAAAAA